AUGUCUUCUCCAAUCGCCCAGCUGGUUCUGGACUUGAUUGUCUUUGCUGUUAUUCACUACUUCAUCAUCUUUCCGCUAAUCAAACUCGUCCUAGGUUACGUUAAGGGAGAAUCCGACAUUCUAUACGCAGGACGGGAAAUUUUAAAAGCAUUCGAAAAAUUGAAGGCAUUCGUGGGCGAGCAAUCGGUACAGAAACCGUCAAAUAUCAGCGCACCCGCACCAUUCACGACUCAGUUACCCACUGCCGACGAGGCUUUAUGCGAAAGAUGCGAAAUACUUCUGGAGGACAAGCCUCAUGUAACACGACGGAGCUGUGAUUGCACCUGGUGUGCAGAGUGCGUGGAGGAAUGCUUUGAGAUCGUCAAGUUUGAUCUGGAUAAGCCUUUGAGCUCGCUGAGCAAGGGCUGUAAGCCCGCACAGAAGCUUACCAUCCGUAAGAUGCUGCCCUACGUGAAGCAUUUGCUGUCUGAAAAGUCUUCCUGGCAAAUCGAGAAGGCGAUUCUGGUGCAAGACACGAUAAUAGGCAUUGCUAUGAGCAAGAAUGACUGGAUGCUUGACGUUGAUGAAUAG